GGACGAUGUUCCUACCUUCAUCAAAUCGUCCUAGGUACUUGUAAAGUACGAUUUCUAUGAAUGCUAUUUCCAUUCAACUAUCUUGACUCAUAAUUGUCAGAUUACUACUAAUGAACACCUAAAUUUAACUUCUCACAUCCUUCGCAUUCAAUAACUAUAUCCAUCCAACUCUUACGCAACCAUCUAUAUUGGGUAAUCAUUAAGUCCGAGAUCUCUCAAGCUCCGAGCCGUGAUGUAGUAUAAAGAAAGUCACAAAUAUGACGGAAUACAGUCUAAAGCCCAUCAUCUUCUCUAUUUAUUUCUGCCUUCCUGUGGCUUUCUAAGCAUCAAUCAAACACCAGUCCUCUCAACCUUCCCAGCCACACCUAAAUACACAGACAACUCCUACAGUCGUACUACAUAUCUACACCAUCCAGUUAUCACACAAUGGCCACUCAUCUUGCAGCAUUUGUUCCCGGAAAGGCUCAGAAUCUUGAGGUUCGGGAACGGGAAACUCCGAAACCUGGUCCUGAUGAAUUACUUCUCGAUGUCAAGUCGAUCGCCUUGAACCCCAUUGACUAUAAGGCAAGAGAUUCCGGCUUCGCUAUCGCCGAAUACCCUGCCAUUACCGGCUCAGAUGUUGCUGGUGUAGUUGUUGAGGCUGGAUCCAAUGUCUCUUCUACUUUUAAGCCUGGGACUCGUGUUACGGCGUUUGCGCUCUCCUUUUUCGCUAGAGGUGCCCCCAACUAUGGUGCUUUUCAACAGCGCCCUCUUGUCCCCGCAAGAAACGCCACCCCCAUUCCAGAUUACCUUACCUUCAAUGAAGCUGCCAUUCUUCCCAUGGCUGUUGCUACAGCUGGGUCUGGAUUAGAUACGAUUGGUGUUCCCCACGACCUUUCUUACUCUCCUAGCGAUAAGCAAGGAAUUUUGGUCUGGGGCGCUUCCUCCAGCGUUGGAAGUCUUACCGUGCAACUCGCUAAACUUUUAGGCUUUGUUGUCUACGGUACAGCGAAUGCCAAGCACCACGAAUACGUCAAGUCUUUAGGUGCAUCUAAAGUCUUUGACUACAAGGAACCCGGCGUCGAAGAUACCAUCAUUAAGGCAGCCAAUGAGGAUGGUCUCACGUUCCAGUAUGGUUACGAUGCCGUGGGAGCUACCGCAUCUUGCCAAACCAUUCUUAAGGCUUUGAAGGGAAGCGCAACCGCUUACCUGGCCUCCGCACCUUUGUUGAAGCCUGACGGUCCUACUGCAGAUGGCGUCGAGACUAGAUUCGUCGCUGCUUCAACCGAGGAGAAGACGCGAAACGAGCAAUUCGAAUACUGGUUUAACACAUGGUUGAAGGAGAAAUUAGAGAAGCGAGAGAUCGUCCCGAGUCCCAAGAUCCAGUUGCUCGAUGGAGGUCUUCAAGGUAUCAACAAGGGCCUUGAUAUUAUAAAGGCUGGAGUCAGCGGUACUAAGCUAGUCCUCGAGAUCUGAUGUCCACAGGACGCAUCUCGUUUGGCGUGCAGGUGGGGUGGACCUAUAUUCAGGUAGACUGCGUAGGACGUUCAGCUAAACGGGAAAUGGAAUGAAGAGGUAGCCAUGAAUAUCAUAAUGAAUUGCAAAUAAUACAGUCCUUCUUCUUCUUUCCCUCCUUUUUCUAAUUCUUUUCAAUAAUAACCGUAUGUUAACCAGAAAUAGAUCAAUUUAAGAGGAGAAUUCAGCUCUUCGUUGCUGGCCG